ACACACACACAGUCUUUUCUAAUUGCCCUGAAAUGUAUAUAUUUCAUCUAGUGCUCAGUGGGAGGAUUGCAUUUCCUGUAGGAUCUCCAGCGUCCUUCCUCUCAAAUGUAAAGCCAUGCCCCUAUUGUAAAGGCUAUAUAACGAUUUGUAGGUGGUCAGAUAUUAAAUUGAGCCUUAAAACAUAAAACCUUCAGGCUUGGAUGUUGCAUUAAGAAAAAAAAAAAAAGAAAAGAAAAAGGGAAAGAAAAAGAAAAGUCUAGUGGUUCAUGGGAGUAACAUUAAAAAGAAAGUUGACCCACUAAAAUAGCCUCCUCCAAAAAGCUCGAGUCGCACCGCAAAAAUCCUAAGCAUUGCUUCAAACACCACACUCGACCUCAGACACACUCAGAGGAUAGCCUGCACUUUCUGUCUUACCUCACCGGCAGCUAAAGAUUCAAAGGAACUAUUCAGUAAUGUGCUAAAAUAUAUAGCACUUAUAUUCAGCACUUUGUUUGAAUAGAAUGUUAUUAUAAUGACGUGCCGCAUAGCUCGUGCGCAUUUGUUCUUAAGAAAUUUAUAUACCUGUAGAGUGUCCGGCUAAAGGAAAGUAUGCAAACAGUAAUUUGGUGAUAUAAUAUAUUUAUCGGCUUUUGAUCCAACUCUAAACUGAUACCCAACCUAGGCUACUAUGUGUAAGUUAGCAGCACGCGGAGCAACGUGAUGCAUCACAGUGCGCGCUAAAGCAGAUAAAACCUGCACGUGAGCGCGGCGUGGGUCAGUCACCAGGUGCAGGCGGCACACAGCGCAGCUACAGGACUGUACACUCAGAGCAGCUGAGUCAAACCGGAGUCUAACACCGAGCCGUGCACGGAUUUUUUUUGUUGCUACAUUUUUUUUAACAGCCAUGUGGUUCAUCAAUAUCGCGCUGAUUAUCCUGAAGUUAUCAGUUUCGGCUGAGGGAUUUUCGACGUGCCAUUCUUAUGAUUUGGACGAUCACAAGUCGAAGAGGAUAGAGGCAGUGCGCGGGCAAAUCCUGAGCAAACUACGCAUCCGAUCACCACCCGACCCCACAGCAACCCCACAGCCGGAGUCGGUGCCCUUCGAGGUCAUGCUGCUUUAUAACAGCACCAAGGAUCUGCUGAAGGAGCGCGCGCGCCACGCCGAGUCCGCUUGCGAGCGCGAGAGCAGCGAGGAAGAUUACUAUGCCAAGGAGGUGCAGCGAGUGGACAUGCUUCCUCAGCGCGCUGACUCCAAUGCGAUAAACACGGUGCCUCAGAGUCCAUACUUCAGAGUGGUGAAGUUUGACGUCACCAAUGUAGACAGGAAUUCUAGCACUCUUGUCAAGGCAGAGUUUCGCAUAUACAGGGUGCAGAACACACAAGCGCGAGCCACGGAGCAGCGAGUGGAAAUAUACCAGAUUAUGAAAUCUGAGGACAUUACAGGUUCCCCUCAUAGGUAUAUAGAUUCCAGAACUUUACAGCCACGGGCCAAGGCGGCAUGGAUCUCUGUUGACGUCACUGAGACCGUGAAAGAGUGGAUGGCUUAUAAAGAGAAGAACUUUGGACUGAUGCUCAGUGUUCAUUGUCCAUGCUGCACAUUUGUUCCAUCCACAAACAAUAUUGUGCCCAACAAAAGUGAGGAGUUGGAAGCUCGCUUUACAGGUGUUGAUGAUGACCUGAUUCGCCCUAACAGGAGGCCAGGUGUGACUAAAGGCGCGAUAGAGUUCAGUACUAAAACACCACAUCUCAUAUUGACCCUGCUGCCCACAGACCGCUUGGAAAACCCUAACAAAAAGAACCGCAAGAAGAGGGCAGCCGCUGACGCUGCGACAUGCUCCAGGAAUGCAGAUCAGAGCUGUUGUUUAAGGUCACUGUACAUCGACUUCCGUCGGGACCUAAACUGGAAAUGGAUCCAUGAACCAAAAGGAUACAAAGCAAAUUUCUGUGCUGGCAACUGCCCCUACUUGUGGAGUGCAGACAAUCACUAUAAUAUGAUUUUGCCACUUUAUAAUAAAAUGAAUCCCGAGGCCUCGGCGUCUCCCUGCUGUGUGCCUCAGGACCUGGAGCCUCUCACUAUCGUUUAUUUCCUCGGUCGGACUCCACGGGUGGAGCAGCUUUCAAACAUGGUGGUCAAAUCCUGCAAAUGCCGCUGACUGCUGGAGGUACGCGAGUAGACAUGCUGAAGAGAUAGAGCGCACAGGAGAGGAUGCAGGAGACACAGUAAAGUAUGGACAAUAUCUGUGGCCAGCCAGAAGAGCAAGCGAAUACAUCUCAGAUGGUGGUGCGCAUGUUUUCUUAUUUUCUUCUCAGGUUUCACUCAUUUGGAGUUGAUUCAGAGAGUUGCACAGCAUUAAUCGAUAAUUGCAAAUAAUCUUCGCCAAAUGAAACUGUUUCAGGUACAUAAUGCCGUUCAGUCUUAUUGUCCUUCAUGUCUCAAACCGUUUUUCUGUCAUAGUGUUUUAGUCUGAUCCUUCAAUAAAAAAGAAAGUAUUUAAGAGAUGGUAGUCAAAGAACCACCAGGCGCUAGAGAGUUGAGCUAGUUGUGCAAGAGCAGUUUACUGUAGAACUGUAGAGCAGUUUGUUUGUUUGUUUUUGUUUGUAUUUUUGAUUGCAUAAAGUGUACAUAUUUUUCCAGACAGGUAAGGGUUUUAUAU